ACCACCACCUCCUGUGCCGAAUACCACUACCCUCGCCUCCUCUCGUAAGUCCUCUGCUCUCGUUCUCUCUGUCUCUCUCCCACCAUUUCUCUCUCCGCCCUCGUCCUCGUGGUGUUCUCCGGCGAACACGCGCGAGCGCGUGAACGCGUUAACGGGAGUGCGCGCUGUCACCGUCGGGAAACGUCAUUUCGCGGAUCUCGUGGCAAUCGCCUCGCUCGCUCUCGCACGUCGCGCGUUCCUCACGCAGCUUCCGCCGCUGGUGCCUCGGGUCCUGGCCGCUGGUUCCGUGUCUUGUGUCGCGCGUCCGAGCCGUCGCGAGUGUCAGCGGCCGCCACGGGACGAGGAUGCUCCAGCGAGAAGUGAGCAGCAGCCCCUGCAAGAGGAGGAAGAAGGUGACCGAGUGAGCGACAAUGUCGACCCGCUGGAGAACGUUGCGCUAGCGUACGUGUCCUCCCCGUGUCUUUCAUGUGGUGACCUAGCGAGUGGUCGGACUGUCACACGCGCGUACCCGAUGCCUCCGCUGGAGAAUCGCGCGAGCACGACGAGAACCCGAGGACGGAUCGCCGGCGCGCCGUGAGUCGAGCUCUCGAGAGCGGAGCCGUCGUGUGAGACGGCUCUCGAGCCGCUCUCUCGCCUUCGAGUGCUCCCUGGGAAGCCGCGCGCGCGUUGGCGUCGGCGACGGCGCGCUUGUCGGUGUCCGUUGUUGGCUGCAGAGAGAAGCUCCCCGUCGAGCGGCUCUCGCGGAACGCGAUGUCCGCUGUGACACUCGACGAGCACUUGCUGGCUUGUCGUGGGAUAGUGUUUCGCGCACGGAACUCGCUGGACUCACGCGGGACGUCAACACGGUUGCCGUGUACGUGACUGCUGGUCGUCGCACGCCGUGAACCCGAGUGACAUCGUGGCCCGUGAGAGGCGAGCUCGUUCUCUGCGUCUACCUCGUCAGCCGGAAUCCCAAGGGAGGAGCGGCCUCGAGGCGACGAAGCGCCGACGUCGCGAAGCGCCAAGGGAGACUCGUCUGAGCGACGAAGAGGGACGAUGCCAGCACCUUGUCCUCCUUACUGAGCCGCCUGAAGAGGACCUAGGGAACGGACCCAUCGGGUCUCCGAGGGAGGGUCCGACGGCCGGACCGGCCGCUUCCGCGUGCCGACCGGGUCGCGAGAGCCAAAGGCACAAGGACACUCGGGGGAGGACAGACAGGGACUCCCAGCCGUCGGCUCGAGGUAUCACGGCGCGUCAGCGGCUGCGUCCCGCAGGUUGGAUGGUGCCUCGAGGAUUAACCCUCGGCAGAACGACGACUCGGGAGCCGGAGCCGGAGCAGCUACGCUUUUACGACUCUCCGCCGCCGCCGCCACGGAUGGACGCGAGCGUGUGCUGUCUGCCCGCCGGUGCCGGCACGGGAGCGCAGCAUCCUCAUCCGGCGGCUCUGCAGGGUCUACCUUCCGCCGGACAGCCGACGAUACAGCCGCCUUACCAGUACGCCGCGGACCAGAUCGUGCCCGACCGGGCGCAGCCUGACGGGCUCACCGUGCUCGGAUGCAACGCGCAGGACGGCUGGCAGCAGAUCUCGUCGACGUCCACCGUCGCCGGGGCCGUCACUGCCACCACCACCGCGUACAUCGACUACUCGUGGCUGCAGAUGCAGACGUCGGACCUGGACACUCUGUUGUGCAGGCAAGAUCUCGACCGUCUACAGAAGCUGGACGAAGAUGAGUCGGAGAGGGACGUGCGGGAGCAGUCGGUGCACAUGGAGGACUUCUUCGAGGUCGGCGGGCCGGUAUGCCGGCCGCAGGCGAGCUUCGUCUCCGCCAGGAGUCAGCCGGCUGGCACCGACGACGACGUGUUCCUCAGGCCGCCGCUCUGGGAGGACAUCACGUCGAGCAUCCAGAAGCUGGACCCGGAAAACGCGGACAUGCUCGGCUCGCAACCCCACGUGAAGAUGGAGACGGACGAGGUGACGCCGCCGCCGGUGCUGUCGCCGGUGGAGAUCAAGACGGAGCCGUUGCCGCCGCCGCCGACCUUGCAUCUCCUCGAGGGGCCCGCGACGAACCCCAGCGCACAGACCUUUUCCAGCGCGCACCCCAACCCGCCGAGCGUCCAGCACGUGGUCCAUCAUCGGACGACGCCGACGACGGCGCUCUUCAAGAGUUACGCUAACAACAACAACAAUAACAACAAUAACAAUAACAGUAGCAACAACAACAACAACAACAAUAACAACAACAACAACGGCAGCGUCAACGGCAGCAGCGCGAACGGCGGCAACGCCGGCGGCAACGCCGGCAGCAACGCCGUCAACGCUGCCGCCAACGGCAACAACAGCAACAACAACAACGCCAGUGGCGGCGGUGGCGGCAACAAUGACUCGACGACGAGUCAUCACGCCACCGCCGGCGGUCAUCAGGCGAGCGGCAACGCGACGUCGCCGCUCUACGGCUCGAUGACGAGGCUGAUGUAUAUUUCGCCGCUGACGCCACCGAUCUCCGACCCCGGCUCGCCCAUUGGCGCCGGUCCACCGAGGCGGACGCCGCCACCCCCGUACCCGCAGCCGCCGAUCCUCAACCCGGCGCACAGGAUCCAGCCGCCGUCGAUGACGACCAAGUUCAACAGGCGGAACAAUCCGGAACUGGAGAAGCGCCGGGUGCACCACUGCGACUUCAUAGGUUGUACGAAAGUCUACACGAAGAGCUCGCACCUGAAGGCUCACCAGCGGAUACACACCGGCGAGAAACCGUAUCAGUGUCAAUGGGCGGAAUGCGAAUGGCGGUUCGCCAGGAGCGACGAAUUGACGCGGCACUACCGCAAGCACACCGGAGCUAAGCCCUUUAAAUGCGCGGUCUGCGAGCGUUCCUUCGCCAGGAGCGAUCACCUCGCGCUGCACAUGAAGCGGCACCUCCCGAAGCAGCACACCAAGUGAGGAGAGCGCGAGAGACGGAGAGGAAAGGAAAGAAAGAGAGGAAGGGAGAGAGAGAGAGAGAAAGAGAGAGAGAGAGAGAGAGAGAGAGAGAGAGAGAGGAGGAGCAGCUCUCUUCUCUUGGCGUCCCGUUCGCUCGUUCGCUUUCUCGACUACCUGCGUUGGACGCGCGCCGUUGUUUUCGCCAUUCAGGCUUCGAGGUUCACGACGCUUUCAACCGAGUCUGUCAGUUCGGAGAACGCUGAGAAAGUCCGCUAAUGGAAAUUAUAUGGAGUAAUAAUCGCCUUAGAGCGAGAAUAAUGUCCGACGAUUAAAUUGUGUUCGGUCGUUUUCUUUUUGUCGAGUGAUAUGUACGCACGUGCGGGGAAUAUGAAAUUAUUGUUGUAAGUCUGUCGAAGCGCGAUCUCGAGAUAAUCUCAGAAUGAAAAAUAUUUUCGACACUUUUCGGAAAAAGAAUUGAAAGAGAUCUAUCUGCUGUGACGGUAAUUUUAAUCCUCAUUCUCCGCAACUGCGGUAUGUUUAAUAAUUCUCAUGCUCAUCGAUUAAACAUUUUUAGAAGAAUUAAUUUUGGAAAUAAUCUCAAUCUCCCCACUUUUUUCUUUUUCUUUUUUUAAUUUUGAUUUUCAUCAAUUGGACGCUAUUAGAUACGAAGAUUGAAUCUGCGUUUGUCCGCAACGAGUUGGAGAGCAAACGUUCGGAAUGAUCUUCAGACGAUGUUUUGGCGAAUUAACCUCAAUCUCCUCAGUUUUUCUUUUUUUUUUAAUUUUCAUCCUCAUCGAUUGAACAUUGUUGGAUACGAAAAUUGAAUCUGCGCUCACGCGCCACGAAUUGGAAAGCAAACGUUCGGAAUUAUCUUCAGACGAUGUUUUGGCGAAUUAACCUUUAUCGAUCUUUAUUGAUCUUUAUUGAUCUUUAUUGGACAUUGUUGGAUACGAAAAUUGAAUCUGCGUUUGUCCGCAACGAGUUAGAAAGCAAACGUUCGGAAUUAUCUUCAGACGAUGUUUUAGCGAAUUAACCUCAAUCUCUCCAGUUUUUCUUCUUUUUUUUUAAUUUUGAUCAUCGAUUGGACAUCGUUAGAUCCAAAAAUCUGUGCUUACGCGCCACGAAUCGAAAAGCAAACGUUCGAAGUUAUCUUCAGUUAUCACGACGGUGCUCCGACGAAUAGCGCGGGCUUCAUGAGAAGCCAAGUACGAAUCUGCACUGAAAAUUCGCUCCUUGCUGAUUUUUCGCCGAUUGCGGACUCGCAAUCCCGAGUCGUUCUCCCGAGCCGAGCGACUCGAUCGCAAUCCCGCAAUCGGGCUCGCGUUCGUUCUUGCGCUGGAUGAAAUUCGCGUCGACAUCGCCAUCGGUGGGAUUUCCUUUACGGUUUCGGGCCCGAUCGUCGGGCCCGAUUUCGCGCGAUGUAUCGGCGGAGCAUCGAUCGAGCGAACGCCCGUCUUGACUCGACGGCUUCGGUUACGCUCACCAUCUCGGUUAAGCGGUUAUGACGAAACACAUCCUCGGUGUGGGUGGUGGUCGCGAGGAGAUAUUUCGUCAUAGCGCUGUACACUCACGGACGGUCGCGAGGGAGGAGAGAGGGGGGGAGAGAGAAAGAGAGAGAGAGAGAGAGAGAGAUAUUACGAUCUCCGUUCAAUAAGUAUCGUUCGUACUUCACACUGAGAUGGAUCCGAGCCGGCGGGUCGCACGAGGAGAGAAGUGAAGCCAAUGUUCGUGGAAGGUAAAAGCGGAGGUGUUCGUUGCUGAGAUUCGUACUGGCAGCCUUGCCUUUACCGCGAAACCUUUGCCCCGCGUUUCGAAGCCAGCCACGCCGCGCGAGUACAACGCACGUGUAGCGUCGCGGUAAAUCGGCGACUUCGCAAUUGAAUUCCCUGACAUCGCGGGAACACGCGAAAAAGAAAAACGCGGCACCGCGGCUUGCGAUCGGAAGAUUGCAACAUUUCUCCAGUUCUUCCAAAGUUCUUCCUCAGGCUUGGUCCUUCGACAAUUCUUCGAGCUUUCCCCAUCUCCCAUGAGUGUUCGAGCCUUCUCCGGAAAAUUUGAGCAUUGCAAGGACAUCGCAAGGAGUCGCAGCUUCGCGAGGUCUAUUCUACAUUAAGCCUAUUCUACAUCCUAGAAAUCGCACGAUCGUAAGCAAAUUGACUAAUCACGAUCGAUUCUCUCCUUAUGAUCGAGGAAUAAUCGACUGUGAUUGGUCAAUUUGUUUGCGACUUUGCGACUUAGACUUAAUGUAGAAUGGGCUUUAGGACCGGUCCGGAAUAAGUUGCAACGCUCAGUUGCGAGUUGCGGAUUGGCAAGUUAUCAACUGCAAGUUGUAAAUCAUUGCGACGUCUAAUUUACAUGUAGAUGUCGAGAGUUGCGAGUUGCGAAGAAAUAGAUAUAAUAUUCGCUCUCUUAUUGUCCAUUAAUUUAAUCCAUUAAUUAAUUUUAAUUUAAAGAUAAUUAGCUAGCACAAUAGUCAGACAAUAUUGGCUAUUUUUGCCAAUUAAUUGAACUUUAAUCAAAAUCAUUUCAAUGAGAUAAUAGCGUUGACACAACAAGAAAUAAGUAAAAUUACUUGAUGCCUGCAGCCUUGAGCCUGUGUCGAGGCUAUGAAUUAAAACUAACCUCAAAUUUAAAGAUGGUAUAUAAAAAAGAAAUACUUGUUUUAUUGAGUAACAUAGCCAUAAUUUUCCAAAUAUCAUCUUUUUUCUCUCUGUUUCUAAAACUUGGUUCAAUUUUAUUAAUUAGGAAUUGAUUCGUCUUUAUGUGUACGAUUAGUGAUCAUAUUCCGAAUUCAUCCGAUUCUUCUCCAACUGCUUCGAGCACAUCCAAUUUGUACUGCUCUUCAGUAUCUAUUUUUCUUUUACAAAUAACAGAAUACAUAUAAAUAUCUACAAAACUAUCAAAAAUUACGUUACAUUAUUUAUAUCACACAACCUCUAUCUGUGGUAUCGUGUUUCAUUUUUCGCGCUCUUCCUGAACUCGAUAUUUCAUUGGCCGAGAUGUUGCGCUUGCUGUCACCAAGAAGUUAAAAGUUGGGCAACUCUCUUUUCGCAACCGCGACUGUCUCUUGCAACCGGAAAUAGCACCUUGCAAACUAGUAGUUGCCAUCCUCCCAGAGAGAAAUGGGAAAUCGAAUAGACGUCGAUUCGACGUCUUUUAGAUGUCAUCAACGGCUAAUCGAUGUCGAUUCGAUGUCUAUUCGACUCUUAUUUCUUCCUGGGCUUCGCAACUCGCAACUGGAUGUUUGUAACUUAUUCUGAACUGGCCUUUAGUCUCCGACAUUUUUUCAUACAUUUUGAUGGCUAAUCACAGACUUCUAUAUACAAGCUAGACUGAGAACUUCCAUUGGUUUUCAUGUAUAAAAGUGACUCUUGUGUGCGCGCAUGCGCAUUGCAAAAUCCUGUUGGUACUCUAUAUAUUGAAUGAACAUCGAAUGUGAACAUUGAAUAUGUCAUUAAACGUAACAUUGCAAGAGAAAAUGUAAAAUAUUGGAUAAAUGUUAACAUUUUUUGGAAUAAAAAUGCCCGUGCGGUCACAUUCCUUUCGGGACCUUGCAAUGCGCAUGCGCGAAACUUUAAUACAUACUUUUAAGGGACGUGUUGAAGAAAUCAGUUAUCGGUCCAGUGUGUAAUAUAAAAGUCUGCGUGGCUAACGUAUUCGUUAGAAAUGAGUGAGAAUUCGCUACGAGAGAAAAGCGACGCGCUGGUCGCGCUUGAAAUCGCGUUUCGAAGACGCUCGAAGAAGACCCGAACGAAUGUACAAAAAAAUCAUCCGCACUCUUUCGCCGUUUCCGCAGAUUUCGCCCGCGCGCAAGGUUUCCCAGGACUUCUUCGGGACUCAUUCAUUCGCGUAUUCCCCGCGAACGCUCCGAUCUGUAUCGCCGCGACGUCGAACGCUGCUAAGCAAACGUCCCAUUAGUCUUAUCCGCACUUUUCUGCAGCGAUUCCACCGAUCAACAACCGCAAGCGGGGGGAGGCGCGGUUUCGCCUCACUCGACUCGUGUGUACGACCUGUCGUCUCUCGCGGCGCGGUGUCCUCGAAUCCCUUCGCGAAAUGAUUUGCCAGAUUAAAGCGCGCCGCGCUAUCGCGAAAUUAUCGCUAUCUCCGACGUGUGUGUCGGCCGCGCGACAACUUGGUCGCGCGCACAUACACACACACAUACACACACACACAUAUACGCACGCACACACGCGCACAGAGAACCCGAGAGAUAUCCUGUUUGGCGUGUGUAAACGAUCGCGACGUUGGCUGGCACGUCGCUCGUGCUUAAAGUCGAAGCUUAAUCCGCGUCUCGCGCCGUGUCAUUUCGAUAGUCGUCGCGUCGCUAACGCGAAUUUCGCCGCGCAGCCGUGAGCCGAUAUUUGCCGAGCCUCGAUAGCGGAGGCAGAUAGAUAGAGAGCGAGUAUCAUCACGCUUCGCCGUUAUCACGUCCGUGUGAGAAACGGACGAUAUCGUGUGAUGCCUUAUGUACAAAUUCGCGUAGAGUCUUGAAGGAAAGAGAGACAGAGCGAGAGAGAGAGAGAGAGAGAGAGAGUGCGUGUGUGAGAGAUAAGCUGUCGACGGUCGACGUGUGCGCGCGCGCGCGCGUGUGCGAAUGCGUUUUGCGA